CUCAGACAGCAAACAGAAAGGAGCUGAGAGAGCACGGGAGAGCAGGCAGGGAGGGGCUCGUUCUGAAGGGGAGAAAAUAUCAGGAAUAUCACCGACGCCGGCAUUCCUGACCAGAGCUACUUCGGGGGGAGUUUUCCGCGGAGCUGAAGGCUGGAUUUGCACUGAUUUUUUUUUUUUACCCCCCCUCCCUUCUCCCCUCCGUGGCUCUCUCGCGCUCUUCUGCUUGUUUUUCUCCAGCUGUCGUUCCUGGGACAGGAAGGAAGGGAGCACGGUCGCUUUUCUCUUUUUUCCCCCUCCCUUCUUUUUUGUUAGUUCUGCACCAGGAGCAGGCUAGCGAGACUGACCUGGUGCUUUCCUCUCCUCUUCUCUCCUCUCCCUCUUCCCCCCCUCCUUCCCCACCCACCCGCUACCCCUGUGCUCAAUCCCACCCUGCUAUUUUGUUUCUUUCUUUCUUUCUCCUUUUUUCCCACUACGCCGGAGAGGGUGAGCGCAGCCGAGAUGCCGAGCUCGCUGUUCGCCGACAUGGAGCGCAGCGGCAGCGGCCAGCAGGGCGAAGCUUUGGACGACCAGAGAGCCUUGCAGAUAGCCUUGGACCAGCUGUCCCUGCUCGGCCUGGACAACGACGAGUCCGGCGCCUACGACAAUGAGCCGAGGAAAAAGAGCGUCAACAUGACCGAGUGCGUCCCGGUGCCCAGCUCUGAGCAUGUGGCCGAGAUAGUGGGCAGACAAGGUUGCAAAAUAAAAGCUCUGCGAGCUAAGACCAACACCUAUAUCAAGACUCCGGUGCGAGGGGAGGAGCCGGUCUUUGUUGUGACAGGCAGGAGGGAGGAUGUAGCCAUGGCUCGGAGGGAGAUCAUCUCUGCGGCGGAGCAUUUCUCCAUGAUCCGAGCAUCGCGGAACAAAAACAGCAGCCUGAACGGAAGCACCGCUGUGCCGGGGCCUCCCAACCUGCCUGGCCAGACCACCAUCCAGGUGCGGGUGCCCUACAGGGUCGUGGGGCUUGUGGUGGGGCCCAAAGGAGCCACCAUAAAGCGCAUCCAGCAGCAGACACACACCUACAUUGUCACGCCCAGCCGGGACAAAGAGCCGGUCUUUGAGGUCACGGGAAUGCCAGAGAAUGUGGAUCGCGCCCGGGAGGAGAUCGAAGCACACAUCGCCAUGCGGACGGGCGGCCUGAUCGAGUUCAGCUCGGACGAGAACGAUUUCCACGCCAACGGGACGGACGUAGGCUUUGAUCUGCACGGCCACCACGCCGGCCUCUGGAGCAGCAAGCACGGCUCGGGGGUGACGUCCAAUUCGGGCCGCAAACCAUUCUCCAACUACCGAAACGACAGCUCCAGCUCGCUGGGCAGCGCCUCCACUGACUCGUACUUUGGCACCAACGGUGGCUCAAGGCUACCUGACUAUAGUCCUCCAAGCCCCGCCCUCAGCUAUACCGCCUCCAGUAACGGCAACAACAACAACAACAACCUGAACGUCAACGUCGUCAACGGCAAUGGCUUUGUGUACAGCGGCGACGUCAUUUCACCCGACUGCACCGACCUGACCUUCGACCCCUCGCCUGGGUUCGACCCCACUCCGGCGCCCCCUGGCUUGAUUUGGUCCCAGUACGAGCGCGCCAACGGCACGGCCACCACUCCAUCCUCCAUCUUCCCCGCCAAUGCUUCCACAGCCAAUGCCAACGGUCUGCUCGCCAAUCAGAGGAGGGCGAACGGGGUCAGCUGUGCCCAGCCCCGACUGUCUCCGCCCCUUCACCACGUGGGCGGAGCCGGGGAGCACCCGCUGGCCCGAAGGGUCCGAAGCGACCCCGGCGGAGGUUCCUUGACCUUCCCUGGUUAUUCCACCAACGGCAUGGCUGGCCUGGUGCCCUCCGACUCCUCGGCCUCAUCCUCAUCCUCCUCUUCCUCCUCUUCCUCGGGGACCAGCCGCAAGGGCAGCCGGGACUGCUCGGUUUGCUUCGAGAGUGAAGUGAUCGCCGCCCUGGUGCCCUGUGGCCACAACCUCUUCUGCAUGGAGUGCGCCAACCGCAUCUGCGAGCGGAACGAACCGGAAUGCCCCGUCUGCCACGCUGCAGUUACUCAGGCAAUACGUAUAUUUUCUUAAGAAACACUAAAUGCAUAUAAACAAAAAAACAACGACAAUGAUGUGCCCCCAUGACUACAAUAGCAACAAGACCACCAGGACUGAACACUUAACUACAAACUCCUGUUAUUAUGGCUUUAUGAAAACUCCUAAUAAUAACAAUGUGUUUAUCAUAUGUGUAUAUACAUAUGUAUGUGAAAGCUGCAGUAUCCAAAAAGGGACACCCGAUUAGAGGGCUCCGGUGUUAUUGUUUAUAACUGUACUGUAGCUUGGGACAAAUAUUUUCAACAUCUAAUGCAUGUUUUAAAUAUUAAAGCUUAGUAAUCAAUAGUUCUAGUAAAAAAAAAAAGGUAAAAAUAUACACAGACGUGGAUGAAGUUCUGAAAAGGACGGCAGCCUUGCCUCGAGGUACCCGAGU